AUGAGCCAUAUUAUGCAAAGCUGCCCUGGGAAACGAAGACGGGCCACUUUGCAGAUAAUGAUUAAGGUAUGCUGUAAGGGCUGGUUCCUCCUUGUAGGUUUAUUAUCGUCUCGUGUAAGAGCGAAUUCAGAGAUUGCCUUUGAUUUAGUGAAGUGGGUGAACGAGCAAAAUCACGGAUACGUUAAUCCGAAGCUUGGGAUCCGCCAAACGGAAGAUGAUGGUUUGGCAUUCUUUGCCAGAGCCAAGAUUGAAGCUGAUGAGGUUUUAACUCAUAUUCCUUGGAGUGUGAUUAUUGCAUCAGAUGAUCAAGACAACCCUGAAGACAACAUGGACUGUGGCACUGUGAGGAACCUUGCCAGAGAACUUAAACUUGGUGAAAAGUCGGCGUUUGCUCCAUAUGUACAAUAUUUGCUUUCUUUAGAUGACGGCCAAAUUCCAAGCGCAUGGACUGACGCAGCAAAAGCUAUCCUAGAAGACAUUUUGGGAGACGAUCGUAUGCUGCCGCCGGGGGCAGCAACUUUUAUGCUUCAUGAUGAAUGGGUGUAUGAGUGUGAUGGUGAUGCCAGCGAUAAGCUUACUUUCAAGGCAGCGGAGUUAGUCAUGCAACGGGAGGAUGCCGCACUUAUGGUGCCUCUCUACGACUUGAUUGAACACAGAAAUGGAGAAUACCUCAACACAAAAACCAUGAUCAAAGGGGGAAAGUAUCACAAGACAUUGGCCAGCCGUACCAUUCAGUUGGGCGAACAGAUUCACAAGAGUUUUGAUAUGUGCGAAGAAUGCGACCCGGAAGCCAUUCGGGUUGGUUACGGAACCGCUGAAAUCUUUCGUGAUCGUGGUGUCGUUGAAAGAUUCCCUCAACGCUGGACCUACAAGCCCUCUAUGAAAAUUGCUACAGACAAAGAUGGAAACAUGUUCUCUCAAACUCUUGAGCCGGAUCUUCAGUUCACAAUCGUAGAAAAUUCCGAUGGAACCGUUCAGGUGAAAUGGACAGACGACCUUGAGUUCCAGGACGACGGGAAAAACUAUGUGCGCCGCAUUUUUCGCAAGCAUCUCCAGCGUCUACACCGCUACAAAAAUGUGGAAUACUCGAUUGAGAAACCUGAAAAUAUUCCACAACACCAAUGGAAUGCUAUCUGGAAGUAUUGCGAGGCAGUGGGGAAUUCGCUCGUUUACGCAAUCCAAUCACUAGUCAAUUCCGAAAAUAUCAAUCCAUGCAAACCUGGUCAAUCGCUACUAGAAGGUGCUUGUGCUGCAGAUCUUCUGGAGCUCUAUGAAGUGCACUAUCAUGAUUUGGGAUGGGAGGAGGAUGACAUCGAAUAUAUUGAACCGUACUGUAGUUCAUCUCAGAUCAUUGAAUACGUCGACUACCCAAGAAUUGAUGAGAUACAAACGAAUUAUCAACUCUUAUCUUUCUGGGAGCGUGAAAGCGACGGAGAUAUUUGCAUGAACCUGGAAACUACACUGCAAAUAUGUUCAUCUUACCGACCACACUACCAUGAGUUCUUUGUCCACUUCCCCGCUCGAUACAUUGAUGAAAUCAAACGCGUCAUCUUUGUCGGCGGUGGAGAUGCAAUGCUCUUACAUGAGGUACUCAAAUUUCCCGAGCUAGAGAAGGUCGUCGGCCUCGAACUUGACCAGCAAGUUACAAGAAAGAGCUUCAACUACUUCAAAUCACAACCUCACUGGGACGAAGAGAGAGUAGAGUGGUGGUAUGGAGAUGCGACAAAGAGCCUACCAUUGCUGCCGCAGGAUUAUUGGGGAUCAUUUGACCUAGUGCUUGUAGAUCUCUCUGAAACUGUGAUGUCCAUGUCGGUAACUGGCGAGCUCGAUAUCUUCUCUGCUCUCGCGUUGUUACUGAAGCCGGAGGGUAUCAUGGUGAAGAACGAACCAUACAUUGAUCAAUUCAGUAACUUUUUCGACCACACGAUUCACAUAUUCUACGGUACACCUAAGAUCUGCACACAGGUGCUUGUGAUGGGAAGCAACAAGGUUGACUUUUUGCACCAUCCCGUCAAGGAACGCCCUGAAAUCGAACAGCUUCUCUUGGAACCGCUCGAUGAUCCAUCCGAUCGGUUUAAGUACUUUCACGACUAUCGCAAAAAUAACGCCACGGAGCAGGGCAAGUGUAUCCUCAAAAAGGGAAGCGUGACGACGCAGCAGGGAAAAAAAGCUGGAAUUUUGGAAAUUUUGGAGGUGGAGGAGGCUUUCAUUUCCUCGACGGAAGACUUGGAAUCCUCAAUCUAUAGUCUUGCUGUGGAUGUUGGAUUGUCACCAGCGUUGUCAUUUUCUGAUACAGAUGGCACAAUAGUGGUUCUGAUGAAGGAAGGCUACAUCAUUGCUCGAUUAUGGGCGGAGCGGAAGUAUUGUGCGCUGGACAUUCAUCUUUGGGGGGCAUUUGAUAAGUCGUCACUGCUUCGCUCGGUCUUGAAGGAGGCUCUCUCCAGUGAUAAUAUCUCAUCAUAUCGGAUUGUGGCAGGAGGUAUGUUUGGUUCCAACACUGCCGAUUCGGACAAGAAUGUGAUUGGCAUUCAAGUGUCGCAACAGCGAAACUGUUCAACUGAGGUUGUGACUUACGAUGGCAAAACAGAUGAGGCCGAGGCGAUGGGUAUUGCACUGCUGCAAACCGUAGAUCUGGUAGCUGGGAAGCCAAAUCUAAAGGCUGCAGUCCUCUGUGGGUUCAAGGAUGAGGAAAAGUGUGGAAGUGUUGAUAUCUUGGUUGCCGAUGGCCGUCUGAAGACAGUUGUUCCGAUUUGGGCUUGCCGUAGUCUGAAGAACGUGACGGAGGAUCUAAUUAUGUAUUCCCAGAUGUAUGAGUGCGAGAAGGAAGUUGAAGACCUUCUAACCAGAGACACGAUAGACACGAUGGAAGAAGUAGACAUGGUAGUUUUGGACCAAUCGGCGCCACGGCAGAUGGCCCAGAUCAUGACUAGCAUAAUGAGCUAUCCUGAGAAUCGAGAUCGUUUUGUAUCGGAGGAGCAUGUGUUUGUUUCUCUGAUAAGAGAUUUGGGCUCUGAGUUGUGGCGUCGAGAGUUUUUAGAGCAGUAUCGGAAGGAAAAACAUGGUUUACCAUUGUUCCGAACGGAGGUCUCGUUGAAGAGGGCUCAUCGUAAUCUUGGAUUGGAUCUUAUUAUUCGAGGCCAGAACAGUUUCCUGCAUUUACACCAACUCGAAGGGAAUCUUCGAUCCAAACUUUCGCAAUAUACUGUUGAUAUGAGGAGAAUCACCGGUGGGGCCCAGUACUAUGACCCGGAUUAUGCGUUCAAGAUUUUCCCUGACUCCGCUUAUGACAGAGAAACUGCGAGUGAACAAGCAAAGAAUUCUGUAGCACUUGGGCGACAGAGUAUUUUUCAAUUUGAAUGGUUCAGUUCCGAUGAAGGUGAUAUGCCAUCAUUUUACGACCUCAAAAGUGUGUUCCUGGCUACCUUGAAAGAAAUACACUAUAAUACAACUUGGGAACAGGAGUACUCAGACGUAGGAGACGGUGAGGUUUUUGUGUCGAAGUUUGACGAGGGAUUGGCUGUGUUGGUGUGGGAUGGGCAGAAGCAUGUUGAUGUGAAUCUGUUUUCAACGGACCAAAGUGAAGAACGAGCGAAUGGAUUUGGUCAGAGGUUUAUUGAGCUAUCAGGUUUAUCUCAGUACCUCCGAGACGAUCAACCACGUGGAACUGGAAGAGUUGUACUUUUUUCAAGCGAAACUCUCUAUCGGUAA